AUGAACAGUGACAAAAAUAGAAAUACUCAAGAAACAGAACAAACAAACAUACAAAGAUCAGUUCCAGACUUGGUAAUCACACUCAACAAACUAGCAACUGAAUACUCUAACACAUAUCUUGAAGAAUAG